AUGACCCGUCACAUAUAUGCAUCGUUUCCUGGACAUGAAAUCAGUAUGGUUGUGAAAAUUAUUGUUCUACAUUUUUCGAACCCCGUUUUCAUUCUUGGACUCGUAUUCCUCAACAGUGACAACACUAACAUGGCCACCAAUGCCCACUGGUUCAACCAUGCGAAUACCUUUGUAGCGACAGUAGAUGACACGUACCCAUUCAUCUCAGAAGUCAAGGAGGGAUUCCUCGAUGGAAAAUCCGUCCUCGUCACCGGUGCAUCUCGAGGAAUCGGUCUCCAAACCGCAAUCCACUUUGCCAAAGCCGGAUGUUCCAAGAUAGCACUAGCUGCACGCUCCCCGUUAACCGCAACCAAAAAAGCUGUCGAGCAAGCAUCCCCCUCUGCCCAAAUCAUGACACUAGCAUUGGAUGUUUCUUCACCCGAAAGUGUCCGCUCUGCUGCCAGUCAGAUCCAGCAAGCAUUUGGACAUCUCGAUAUCCUCAUCAAUAACGCCGGUCAUCUGUCACCGUUCCAACCAAUAGGUGACUCCGAUCCUCUGGCCUACCUUCAAACCUGGGAGGUCAACCUGAAUGGAACCUAUCUGUGCACCCAAGCAUUUCUGCCCCUCUUGCUCGCCCCGUCUUCAAUGAAGACAAUCAUCAAUGUAUCCUCGGCUGGUGCCAAUGUGGUCAUACCUGGUGCCUCCGCCUAUCAAGUUUCCAAGUUUGCCCUGUGCCGCUUCACAGAGUUUUUGGACGCAGAGUACGCGGACCAGGGUCUUGUUGUAAUCUCUAUGAACCCUGGGGGAGUCAAGACUCAGUUGGCGCUCGAGAUGCCGGGAUAUAUGAUGCCUUUUUUGGUGGACACAGUGGAAUUAGCAGCUGAUACCAUUGUCUGGCUCGCCAGAGAGAGGAGGGAAUGGUUGAGAGGGCGAUUUGUCACUGCUACAUGGAAGAUGGAUGAACUAGAACUGAAAAAAGACGAGAUUGUCAAGAGAAAUCUCCUAAAGUUUAGGAUGGCCUUUGAAUAG